GUCUGGUCGUUUUCUAGCCAGGGAUAUCGCCAAAAGCGUCCUGGAAUAUUUCUGAAAACGCACAAAAUGUCUACAAGCCAACUCGGACAGGUGCGCAGUUUGUCUGAUUCGGAGGAACUGCCACCUUCAAAGCGGCCACGAACAGACGCUACGGAGCCCCAAAUAUCGGCCUCGACAUCGACAAAUGGCGCUCAGGUCAUAGCUAUAUCUGAAGCAGAUAUUCUGAAGCAGAAGGCUGCAGAACGACGCGACCGAAAACGCGAGAAUCGACGCAAGAAACAGCUGGCAAAGCUGCCAGAUCCCUGUUCAGCUGAGGAUGUUUUGUGGAAGGAUAUCCAGGUGGUUUUGGGCCAGGACGCUGUCAACAGUGCUACAGAAGUUGGUUCGGAAUUUGAUUCGCCGUUCAAGCACCAGGAGGAAGUGGAAUUGGAGGUCAAGAUCUUGGGAUCCAACGGCGAUGGAAUUGCCGUGUCGACGGGCUCGAGCAAGCCUUGGGCUGUCGUUGUACCUCUGGCAUUGCCCAAUGAACGGGUUCGAGCCCGUAUCUACCGACAUGCUCGUCUGCACUCGUUUGGUGACCUGCUGGAGGUCAUCACACCGAACAACGAACUCAGAGACAGCAGCCUUAUCCGUUGCAAGUACUUUGGGACCUGUGGAGGUUGCCAAUACCAAAUGCUGUCUUACGAGACCCAGCUGGACUUUAAACGGAACGUUGUAGUCAAAGCGUUCAAAAACUAUUCGAAUCUCUCGGACGAAGAGAUGCCCCCCAUAUUGUCUACCGUCCCUUCUCCCCUGAAAUACGAAUAUCGCACCAAGCUGACGCCGCACUUCGAGGCUCCACCCAAGGAUAUACGGAAGAACAUGAAGCCCAUCAGCGAGAAACCAGACUGGCUGAAGAUCGGGUUCAACCGAGUUGGGACGCAAAAGGUGAUGGACAUUGAAGAGUGUCCCAUAGCCACCCCAGUCGUCAACGCCCAAAUGGCUGCAACGAGGGAGGAAGUCGUGACCAAGGUGCACACCUACAAAAAGGGCGUCUCACUGCUCUUCCGAGAGUCGCUAGACACGAGCGUCAACAUCGACGACGACUCCGUCGACCGUCUCUCAGACGCUUUCAACAAACAAAUCUGCGUCACCGACCCCAAAUCCCUCGUCCGCGAACGCGUCGGCGAUUGGAUAUUCGAGUACAACGCCGGCUCUUUCUUCCAAAACAACAACUCGGUCCUCCUCCCCCUCACAGACUACGUCCGCAACGCCAUCUUCCCGCCAGACGCACCCACCCCUUCGACGCUCACCCACCUCGUCGACACCUACUGCGGUGCCGGGCUAUUCGGCAUCGUCCUCUCCCCUUCGUUCCAGAAAGUCGCCGGCAUCGAGCUGUCGCAGGACUCGAUCAGGUUCGCGACGCGCAACGCCGAACUGAACAAGAUCUCCAAAGACAAGAUCUCAUUCCGCGCAGGGAACGCAGGCGAGAUUUUUGCCGUAGUGCAAGACUUCCCUGCAGACCAGACCGCCGUCCUCAUCGACCCGCCGCGCAAAGGCUGCGACGAAUUCUUCAUCAAGCAGCUGCUCGAGUUUGGUCCCAAGACGAUCGUCUACGUCAGCUGCAACGUGCAUACCCAGGCGCGGGAUGUAGGACAGAUCAUGGAGGCCGGAAGGACGGGCAAGGCGAAGAAGUACACGUUGGACAGUGUAAGAGGAUUCGAUUUGUUCCCUCAAACGGCACAUGUGGAAAGCGUCGCUGUUCUUACACGGGUUUCAUAA